GGUUUAUCGUGGCGUGCAGCUCGUCAAAUGGUCUGAGCUUUCUGGAAGGGUCGACCCGAGAGUCUGGACAGCUACAAUUUCGAACUUUGAAAGUCAGGCUGCACACCUAAUCUAUAAUACUCCGUACGCACCACCAUGGCGAAGAUACCGAAGCCACCGCGCGUUUUGCCUACCACCAAAGCGCUGCCGGUCAGACGCGCGCCUCCUCUGAACAGGAGGCCACCGAUACAAUCGCCAUACGACCUCUCGAAGCCAGACCCCAAGCAAACACCGGAAGAGUCAAUUCGGAAGGUUUGGGCAGCGCGGCCGAAGCUACGAGACCUGCAACGACUAUCAGACGAGCAAUUGGCAUCUGAACAACACCAGGCAAAGCUGCGGAGAUGGAGGCAAUGGCCCAUGUUUGGUGUUGGCUUGGUUGCAUUUGGUCUCGGGAUGUACGGUGUCAUGCUGUACGUCUCGCUGACACGCGAUGUAGACAUCAAGGAUCUCCCAACAGAUCUGACAGAUCGCUUCGACAAGGAGGCUGAGGGCUAUGAUGAAAAGGUCGACACUUCAGAAACGCUCCUGCUGCUCACGUCGAAGCGCAAGAAGCUCGCCAAGCUGGCGAGAGGGCAUGUGUUGGAGGUUGCCGUAGGAACUGGUAGGAACAUACCAUACUACAACACGAAGCAAUGCGCGACAGUGACAUUGCUCGACUCGAGUGCGCCCAUGCUGGAAGUUGCACGUCGCAAGUGGAAUGAUACACACAAGGAGUAUUUCAGCCGGGUCUUCUUCAAGCGGCAAUCCGCUCUAGACCCCAUCACACCGCCAUUUGACGCCCAAGACGGCUACGACACGGUCAUUGAAACUAUGGGUCUCUGCUCGACGCCAGAACCCGUGAAGCUGCUGCAGAACAUAGAGGCGUGCACCAAAGAGGAUGGCCAGAUCCUCCUUCUGGAGCACGGCAAGUCGCAUUACAGCUGGCUCAACAACAUGCUCGAUAAGACCGCACCGGCCCACGCCGACGAGCAUGGGUGCUGGUGGAACAAGGAUAUCGGGAAGAUUGUUGAAGACAGUGGACUUGAAGUGGUGAACAUCAAAAGGUACAACUUUGGCACGACAUGGUGGUUAGAAUUGAAGCCGCGAAAAGGCCUGCGGAAAAGCACGACCGAAGCAGCGCCUGGCGAGCAGCCGCUCUUGCCGCAGACCGAGUUCUCGGUCACACAAAAGCCAUGGUGGUCGCUAUGGCGUUGAGACGUCGACUUUGCUGUGGCACUUGACCCUUUCCUGUAGCACCUCACCCGCAACGUUACGGAUGCGGGGAGGCCUUUAGCAGAUUGUGAUUCGAUGACUCUAAAUGUGUCGCUCUGGCUGGAUGCAGCUCUGGUUCUUUGAAUAGAGUUCUCGAAUGCAGCGCUUCCUCGCUGCUGGUAUGGAUGUUGACGGCCCAUCGACGUCAAGUUUAAUCAUGCUCUGCAGUCAAGGAGG